AGAAGCCUGCUGGACUUUGACACUUGCCUAACAAGCAUAGACGGUAAAAGAAACGAGGAGAGAAAUCUCUCUUUGGACUCAGCUCAUCUGUCUGCUUCAUCUUCACCUUGUUGUGUCUGCUCGGUGUUAUAUCUCUCAUGGCGGAGGAAAAUCUGUCCGUGGUGCUGCACGCGCAGGGAGACCUCCGGCUGGAAAAGCGCCCCGUCCCGGAGCCAGGACCCAAUGAGGUUUUGCUCCAGAUGCACUCUGUAGGAAUCUGUGGAUCAGAUGUUCACUACUGGCAGCACGGCCGGAUUGGAGACUUCGUGGUCACCAAACCUAUGGUGUUGGGGCACGAGGCGUCGGGGCGGGUGGUGAAGGUCGGAUCAGCAGUCAGGCACCUCAAAGUAGGUGACAGAGUGGCCAUUGAGCCCGGCGCGCCCCGCGAGAUGGACGAGUUCCUCAAAAAUGGACGAUAUAACUUGUCUCCUACCAUCUUCUUCUGUGCCACGCCCCCCGACGAUGGAAAUCUGUGCCGAUACUACAAGCACAGUGCCAACUUCUGUUACAAGUUGCCUGAUAAUGUGACAUUUGAGGAGGGAGCUCUAAUCGAACCUCUGUCUGUGGGGAUCCACGCCUGUCGCAGAGCCGGUGUAACCCUCGGCAGUACUGUGCUCAUCUGUGGGGCAGGACCUAUUGGGUUGGUCUGUUUGCUUGUGGCCAAGGCGAUGGGGGCCUCGCAGGUCGUCAUCACUGAUCUCUUCCCUGAGCGUCUGACAAUAGCCAAAGAGUUGGGUGCAGACUUCCAGCUGACGGUAAAGAGAGGAGACGGACCCCAGCAGCUGGCCAAGAGUGUAGAGGACAAGCUGGGCGCUCAGCCUCACGUUACUAUUGAAUGCUCUGGUGUGGAGAGCAGCAUUCAAACUGCCAUCUAUGCGACACGUUCAGGAGGUGUGGUGGCACUGGUGGGUCUCGGUCCCGACAUGGUCACCAUUCCUUUGAUCAAUGCUGCCAUAAGAGAAGUGGACAUCAGAGGAAUUUUCCGCUACUGCAACACCUGGCCGAUGGCCAUAGCCAUGUUGGCAGCAGGUAAAGUGAACGUGAAGCCCCUCGUGACCCACCGUUUCCCCCUGGAGCAGGCAGUCCAGGCCUUUGAGACCACGCGUCAGGGUCUCGGGAUAAAGGUCAUGUUAAAGUGUGACCAGAAUGACCAGAAUCCCUAAUCUGACCCGCUGCACUGAAACAAAGCUAACACGACUCAGCAUGACAAGCAGACAUAAACACAAAGUGGACAUUGACCCUGAGAAA